UCCGGGCCGGUGCUUGAACACAUCACACUAGCUCCCUCGUCUCCUGGUAUCGUGGAUUCUCUUACCUGCACCUGAGAAUAUAUAUCGUCAGUCUACUAGCAGCGCAACACCUAGUCUGAUCCUAGGCUCAAUUGGUUCAACACCGAGUGAGCAGUGGCGUCAGAGAACAACUCCACUUCGACUAACUGGACGUCGGCCGCUGAUAUCUGUGGCCAAAUUGACAGUAUUGUAGUACUACAAUAAAAUUUCACCAUGGAUGACGCAUUUACAAAACCUUGGGAGGAUGUGACAGAGUACUUCAGGGUUGACCCUGACAGAGGCCUUGCCAUGGAACAAGUCCGGAGUUACCAAGAAAAAUAUGGCCCCAAUGAACUCCCGGUCGAGGAAGGCAAAUCCCUAUUGCAACUGAUUUUAGAUCAAUUCGACGACCUUUUAGUUAAAAUUCUAUUGAUGGCCGCCAUUAUCUCGUUUGUUCUGGCGUUGUUUGAAGAACACGAAGACGAGCUUGACCAGUUGACAGCUUUCGUGGAACCUUUUGUUAUUCUUCUGAUUCUAAUUGCCAAUGCAAUUGUCGGUGUCUGGCAGGAGCGUAACGCUGAAUCUGCCAUUGAAGCUUUGAAAGAAUAUGAACCUGAAAUGGGAAAAAUUAUCCGAUCUGACAAAGCUGGUGUUCAGAAAAUCCGCGCCCGCGAGAUCGUCCCCGGAGAUAUCGUGGAAGUCUCUGUUGGUGACAAAAUCCCUGCCGAUAUUCGUAUCAUCAAGGUUUUGUCGACUACCAUUCGUAUCGAUCAAUCUAUUCUGACUGGUGAGUCAGUUUCGGUGAUCAAGCACACAGACCCCGUGCCUGAUCCGAGAUCCGUCAAUCAAGACAAAAAGAACAUUCUUUUCUCUGGCACCAACGUCGCUGCUGGUAAAGCCCGCGGUAUUGUCAUUGGAACUGGAUUGAACACUGCUAUCGGCAAGAUUCGCACGGAAAUGUCUGAAACAGAAGAGAUGAAAACGCCUCUACAACAAAAAUUAGAUGAAUUCGGUGAACAACUGUCAAAGGUCAUUUCAGUUAUUUGCGUUGCCGUUUGGGCUAUCAACAUCGGACACUUUAACGACCCGGCCCAUGGAGGAUCGUGGAUCAAGGGUGCCAUCUACUAUUUCAAAAUUGCCGUAGCUCUUGCUGUUGCUGCCAUCCCUGAAGGUCUUCCUGCCGUCAUCACCACUUGCUUGGCUUUGGGCACACGUCGUAUGGCCAAGAAGAACGCCAUCGUGCGAUCUCUACCCUCUGUUGAGACUCUGGGUUGCACUUCAGUCAUCUGCUCCGACAAGACUGGCACACUUACCACCAACCAGAUGUCGGUUAGCCGCAUGUUCGUUUUGGACAAAAUUGCCGAAGAUGGAAAUCCAUUGUUGCACGAAUUUGAGAUCUCUGGCUCAACCUACGAACCUAUUGGUGAAGUUACCAUGGACAGCAAGAAGAUUCGGCCCGGCGACUAUGAAACCUUGCACGAGAUUGCUACCAUUUGCAUGAUGUGUAACGAUUCCGCUAUUGACUUUAACGAACACAAACAAGCCUUCGAAAAAGUCGGUGAAGCCACCGAAACUGCCCUCAUUACCUUGGGUGAAAAGCUAAACCCCUUCAACAUCAGCAAAGUUGGACUUGAUCGCCGUAAUGCAGCUAUUGUAGUCCGACAGGAUAUGGACACGAAAUAAAAAGAGUUUACCAUGGAAUUCUCCCGCGAUCGCAAAUCUAUGUCAUCUUAUUGCGUUCCUUUGAAAACCACUCGCCUCGGAAAUGGCCCCAAAAUGUUCUGCAAAGGAGCACCGGAAGGUGUUUUGGAUCGCUGUAGCCACGUCCGCGUUGGAACACAGAGGGUAGCAAUGACUCCAGCCAUUUACAACAAAAUCAUCGAAGUUACCCGCCAAUAUGGUACUGGUCGCGACACUUUGCGUUGCCUCGCCUUGGCCACUUUGGACACCCCUCCCAAGAUUGCCGAUAUGGAUAUUUCUGAUUCUAACAAAUUCGCCUCAUACGAAGCCAAUAUGACACUCGUUGGUGUUGUCGGCAUGUUGGAUCCUCCUCGCAAAGAAGUCUUUGACUCGAUCGUUCGCUGUCGUCAGGCCGGUAUUCGCGUUAUCGUGAUCACCGGUGAUAACAAAGCUACCGCUGAAGCUAUCUGCCGUCGUAUUGGUGUUUUCACUGAAGAGGAGAGCACAGAAGGCAUGUCGUACUCUGGACGAGAAUUUGACGAUCUUUCAGUCGAAGAACAACGUAAAGCUGUCGCCAGAGCCCGCCUUUUCUCUCGAGUCGAGCCGUCUCACAAAUCGAAAAUCGUCGAAUACCUUCAGAGUAUGGAUGAGAUCUCAGCCAUGACUGGUGAUGGUGUCAAUGAUGCUCCUGCCUUGAAAAAAGCCGAAAUCGGUAUUGCCAUGGGCUCCGGAACUGCAGUUGCCAAGUCUGCUUCCGAGAUGGUCUUGGCCGAUGACAACUUCUCCACCAUCGUCGCCGCUGUUGAGGAGGGUCGUGCCAUCUACAACAACAUGAAGCAGUUUAUCCGUUAUCUGAUUUCAUCCAACAUCGGAGAAGUUGUCAGCAUCUUCUUGACCGCUGCUCUUGGUUUGCCCGAAGCUUUGAUCCCCGUCCAGCUCUUGUGGGUCAAUUUGGUCACUGAUGGUCUGCCAGCCACUGCCUUGGGCUUCAACCCUCCUGAUUUGGACAUUAUGAACAAACCUCCUCGCCGCGCCAACGAGGGUCUUAUCACCGGAUGGCUUUUCUUCCGUUACAUGGCCGUCGGUACUUACGUCGGUGCAGGAACCGUUGGUGCUGCUGCUUGGUGGUACAUGGUUAGCCCCGUCGGACCUCAUCUUACCUACUACCAGCUGAGUCACCACUUGCAAUGCACUCCCGACAACGAAGCAUUUAAGGGAGUUGACUGUGCCAUCUUCCAUGACCCACACCCCAUGACAAUGGCUCUUUCAGUUUUGGUCACAAUUGAAAUGUUGAACGCUUUGAACAGCUUGUCAGAAAACCAGUCGAUGCUCGUCAUGCCACCCUGGUCCAACAUUUGGCUUAUUUCCGCCAUUGGUCUUUCGAUGACCCUUCACUUCAUGAUUCUCUACGUGGAAAUUUUGUCAACUGUCUUCCAGAUUUGCCCGCUAACCCUGGAGGAAUGGAUCGCCGUGGUGAAAAUAUCCUUGCCAGUCAUUCUGCUUGACGAAGUACUCAAGUUUUUCGCCCGCAAAUACAGCGAUGCCGCUCCGGUCAAGAAGGAUUAAAAAUCAUCAGAUCCAGAGAUGGGCUGCUCGAGUGACUUCACCCUUCGUGCGGCAAUUGGAGUGUACCUUUUUCGCUCACCUGUUACCGCACCGUUACGUGUGACUCCCUUUUUCUUUCUUUCUCGUUCUUGCUUUCCCAUUUUGAAUUUUCUUUGCUCUACUACAAGUUUUCUUCGGUUGGGUGAAGUAUGGAAGGGCCCUGCAAGCAAAUACUAGAGCUGGUUGUGCCUAUCCUUUUUUAUUUUCUUUUUUAUUCAUUUUUUUUUUUUUCGUCACAGCCCCUUCCCUAUUCGACAUCAGGUCAUCACCGUUUGACAGAAUUUGAUCCUAAUAUUUACAGAUAUGUAGUGCCUUGCGUAUAUGAAAGAAACUUCCGUGUAGUCGAGAUGAAACGCCAAAACAAUCAACAUAAGUAGUAUGGUAUUGAAAGAAGCAUUCGAAUUUUUCAGAUCUUACCAUGUCAAAGUCGUGCGUCUUUUCCUUCACGUCCCACUCUUCUAUUCUGUAACCUAUUUUUUAAUCAAGCUGUCACCAGGUCGUUUAUAAUACUUUUUGUGUGCAGUUGACUCUUCCCCUCUGUUCCCAAUUUAAGUAAAGUCAUGUGGCCUCUUCUGCUCUUUAGUCAAACUUCAAUAAAAAUACAGAAUAUUAUUAAGAAAAGAUCGACUACCGCUGGUAGUUGGCCGUUAACACCUCAAGCUCCAGUUCGGGCGAAGUCGAGGCAAGCGCUUUUCUGAAGCGUCAAUAUUUCUAAUUCACCCAAUAUUUUUAAUGUCUCCACCCCCAACUCUAUGAAAGUUGAAGAAAUAAAAAAUGGUGCAACCAA